AUGCCUGGCAGCGCCGGGAUGGCCUCCCCGCUGAAGAUCAGGAGGGACAACCCGGACAUAGAUGACAAGUGUCUGCCCAUCAACUACAAAGACGUGGUGCGCGGCGAGGACGGUUGGAACAUCUUCAACUUCCUCAUCGUGGUCUACCUGCUCGUUGGCCCCUUGAUCCCCGUCCUCAACGAUCCAAAGAUUUUCCACAUCCUGAGGGUGAUGAGGCUGCUGCAGGUCUGCAUGCUGGUCAAGGGGCUGGCGCGGAUGAUCCGAGUGAUCUUCAAGGCCAUCCCCAACCUGCUCAACAUCAUGUUCCUGCUCUUUAUCCUCAUGCUGGUCUUCGCGAUGCUCGGGGUCAUCCUCUUCAGCAACACCAUCCCAGGCCACUUCGGCAACCUGGGGAAGGCCCUGUAUUCGCUCUUCGUCUGCAUCACUCAGGACGGCUGGCUGAACAUCUACCAGGCUUUCGAGAACGAAGGGAAUGCUCUGAAAAUAGGGGGUGCCAUUUACUUCGUCGUCUUCCUCACGGGCGGGGCCUUCAUCUGCGCCAACCUGCUGGUGGCCGUAGUGAUGUCGAGCCUGGAGGAAUCUUUGAUCUCCCAUAAAAAGAGGCAGAAGAAAGAGCACGUGCCCAGCCAGGCUAAUCAGCCCAUCCUGGAGGAGAAGCGGGUAGAGAUGAGGUCCUUCAGGGUGGAGACACGGUCCUUCGAGAAGCUGAGGUUUCCCAAGAGGGGAAAACCCCCGGGUUGCAAUUCCCAUGGCUCUGUGCCUCAGGAGAAGAAAAGCUCCUGGGAGCGGACACGGCUGCAUUGCCAUGUUCAACCCCUCCAGAUGGCCGGCGAGGAGGUUGACACGGACCGUGAGCGCAGCCUGAGGUUCCCAAAGACAGUGAUGUGGGACAAGACCUCUAUGUUCACCUCCCAGGAGCAGCUCAGCACCCACCUGCCCAACCUGAACAAAAAAAGUUUUAACAACCUCUGCAUCCUCUUGCAUUCCAUCCAGGACAACCUCAGUCACUACAAGGAGAUCCGCGAAGAGAUCAACACGAUAGUUGAGGAGGUGAGGGCCAUGGACUUCAACCAGGCACAGGAGCAGGAGCUGAUCAUGCGGAGCUACCUGACCAGCGCGGACAACCCUUACUCCAGCGAUCGGGAUCCUGGCUCACUGUCCCAGCCGGAGCCGUUGGAGCUCUUCGUUUUCCAGGCCCAAAUGGUUCCGCAAGUGCCACCGGCUGGGGGGGCGGAAAACCGCCCGCGGCGUCCUUUCCGCCUGCCCCCUCGGAUGCCAACACCCGCGGAGGCUCCAAACCCCUCCCCGGGAGCCGGGUGA